UUUUAGAAUUUGCAUCUGAAUUCGUGAGCCUUUGAGAAUUUAACCCCUUAUGACAAUGACAUAUGGGGUCAAUCCGAGUCAUUGACAUAUGGAUCAGGGGGUUAAUUUCUGAAAGGCUCAUGAAUUCAUAUGCAAAUUCUGAAAUAUAAGAGAGAAAUUUUUAUAUACAUGACUCUCUAAAUCAUUAUUUAGAGAGUGAAAUUUAGAAAGAUUCCUAAAAAUACUUAAAAAAUAGAGGGAGUAGUAUUUCUCUUCAAAGGCAAGCAAGAGGUCUGGAACAAAAAGUAAUCGAUGCAGAAUCAGGAAGAGGAAAGUGUAGUGUAGCGGCUGAACUCAGCGGCUACCACCUCACCAGCCUCAGAAAGGUGACACCGAAGCAUCAGCAAACAGCAGCCGUGGAGAAGUCAACACCUCCACGCUAGCAAAGGACAAACAAGGCACGGCCGACAGCAGAGCAACCCCGACCAAGAACCGAGGACUAGGUCCCCAGCAGAGGAGUGGGAGGAGAUCUGGCAUCCGAGAGCAGAAGGAAUCGGCAGGCGAUGGGGAGGAACACCAGAUCAAGAACUCGGUAGAGCACCCCUGGGAGGAGUCCGGAGACCAGGGGGGAGACCAGGGGGGAGAAGCCACCAGAUGCACACCGGCGGCGGCGGCGGCGGCGGCGGGGGAAGUAGGAUGCUGCCGCCGAAGCAGCUGCUGACCAUCAUCAUCGUCAUCUUCUCCACGCUCUCCUUCAUCAAGCUGCUGCUCCUCACCAGCUCCUCGUCCGGGGUCUCCUCCCCCCGCAGCCCGGCGUGGGACGCCGGCGGCGGCGUUGGCAACGGGACGGCCAGGAGCGCGCUCGCCGCCAAGGAGCUCGCGCUGCUCCGCUCCCUCGUCGCCGCGCGCGCGCCGUGCAGGCUGCUGGUGUUCGGCCUCUCCCCGCAGCUCGUCGCGCUCGCCAGGCUCAACUCCGGCGCCGGCUCCGGGGCCGCCGCUGCCGCCACGGCCUUCGUCACCGACAGCGCCGACGACGCGGACGCCGCGCGCCGCGUGCUCAGCUCCGGGCGCAAGGCCGGCGGCGCACCGGCCGGCUCCGUGGCCGUCCACCGGGCGAGGUACCGCGACGCGGCGGCGGAGGCGUGGCCGCUGCUGCGGCGCGCGCGGGGGAGCCCCGCGUGCCGGCGGCCCACGGGGGCGGUGCGCAAGUCCGGGUGCCCGCUGGCGCUCACGUCGCUGCCCCGCGAGGUGCUCGACGCGCGGUGGGAUGUGGUGGUCGUCGACGGGCCCAGCGGCGCGGCGCCGGGGGAGCCCGGCCGGAUGGGCACCAUCUACACCGCCGCGGCGCUGGCGCGCGCAUCCGCGGCGGCGGGGGGCGACGGCAAGGUGGACGUGGCGGUGCACGACGUGGACCGGACCGUCGAGCGGUGGUACGCGUGGGAGUUCCUCUGCGAGGACAACCUCGUCGCCGCCAAGGGCCGCCUCUGGCACUUCCGCGUCGGCGCCGGCGGCCCGCCGGACGCGUUCUGCAACACCGGCCCCGUCCAGAUCUUGUAGAGCCGCAGGACGAACCGGACCGGACCAAGAACCCAAGGUCACCGGAGUUGAGCUUCGGACCCAGCAGGGGCAAUGCCGCCACCGUGUCACCGAGAUCUAUGCGGCGGCAUCACCGGAGGCGACGAGCAGAUCCUGUGCAGGUCCAAUGCUCGGAGAUUGUGGCAGAGGUGCUAAUGCCAAGAAGAUUGAGCAUCUGAGCUGUUGAUAGAAUUAUACUAGCAAACAAAGGGGAUCCAGCUGUUGAUAGGAUUAAGCUAAAACUGUCCAAAUCUGUAGAAGAAUCGAGUGCGUCGCUAGGCAUUAGGGUGAUUUGUUUUUUUUUUUUUUUGCCUACCAGAAUUCUUCAGGCAAGAAGAGUUCCUUUUUUUGUUGCUAAAUAAACUAGUAUUCUGAAUUGUGUUGUUCUUUGUCUGCAGCAAAUAAUACCCAACUCGCUUAGUGCUUGAUCAAUUGAUCUUA